GCUCUCCCAGGCGCACAACCCAACCAGUUUCAUUUCUAGACUUAAAAAAGAUCCGGCAAGGACGAAAAGGAGCCCUCUCUGGAGGGCUCCAGAGGGAAAAGAGCUGGGUUUUUGUUUGUUUUUUAACAUUACUCAUUAACACUGAGUAAUAUAUGCAAAUAUCGUGCUCCUUGGUCCUGCUUCUGUGGAUCUGGAGCAAAGGACUGCCAAACUCAGAGAGAAACCUCAGAUCCAACAAGCUGCUUCUGUCCAGCCCUGCUCCUCCCCACUCCGCAAGGGCACUUGCUCUUCCCUGUUCUCACCAGAGAGGCACAAGCGCUCCGUCCCUUCCAGAGGCGGGCGGAGGGAAGAGAAAGGGUCUGUUGUUUUUCUCUCCUGUUUCUCUCUCCCUCUCUGCUGAUCACCAAGCUGCUGACCGGGUCAGAAAGCCCUGAUGGAAAUCCACCAGUGCUGGGCAGGCCCCCUCCUCCUCCAGGGAGCUCGUCCUUGACUAAUUUUUCUUCGUCCCGAUGAGAAAAAAAAAAAAAAAAAAGAGAGAGAAGAAAAGAAAAACCACAAACUUCCUUUGAAAACCAGCUGGUAGUCAGGGCCUGGAGCGCGUGCCCUAGACCGGGCGACUCAGGAAUCCUGAAGACGUUCUGAGCCACCUGGAGCAGCUGGGCUGCGCCCCUGCCUGCCUUCAGCCUCCUCCGGUGCCCCCAGUACUGGGCGUGAGUCCGGAAGCAGCCACAACCCAGCCAGGACCGCCGCUCAUAAAGCUGAGUAAACCUGUAUAAACUCAGGCGUUGACAGCUGGAAGGCAAUUGGCACUGGCAGCCCCCCUCGCUGCACCCACCUCCCCCAUCGCCUUGCCACAGCUGAACUCUCCUUCUCAGUCUUGGAACAGCACCCACUUCUUUAAGGGAAGCUCACUCCACCCAUGUCUUCAACCCCACCAGUCUUCCCUCCCGAGCCUGGAAGCCCUGUACCCUCCUGGUCUCAUCUGGUCACAGCAAGUUAGAGGUGGAAAGAAUUCAGCACGGGGCCCUUCUGUUUACCCAUAUACUGCCCCUAGCCAGCAGUGAUGCCCAAACACUAGCCAGCCUUCCACACUACAUUCCUUUUUCCAAGACUUUUCUGGGUUAGUUUGCUUUCCACCCCAAUGAUUUUCUUCUUACUGGACGGGCCCCUCUUUCGCAUCCCAAGCCUGGCUUAGGCAAGUCCCUGAAGUCAGAAAACACCUUCAGUGCCCCUCAGCGGACUCCCUUUUGACCAUGGAACACCAUCAGCCUGAGCAUCCAGCCCCCGGUAAGGCCGGGACUGUAGAAGCAGUCAUCCCUGAAAACCAUGAGGUCCCGGCAGGCCCAGAUGAGCCCCCUCAGGACACAGAUACAAGAGAUGCUGAUGGGGAGGCUGGAGAACAGGAGCCAGCAGACCAAGCUUUGCUGCCCGGCCAGUGUGGGGACAACCUUGAGUCCCCUACACCUGAAGCUAGCUCAAGUCCCCUGGGGCCAACCCUUGGGACAGUGCCUGAAGUAGAGACAGUGAGGGCAUGCUCCAUGCCCCAGGAGCUUCCUCAGUCCUCCAGGACCCGACAGCCGGAGCCAGAUUUCUACUGUGUCAAGUGGAUCCCUUGGAAAGGAGAGCGGACACCGAUCAUCACCCAGAGCACUAACGGCCCUUGCCCUCUCCUUGCCAUCAUGAACAUCCUCUUUCUUCAGUGGAAGGUGAAACUCCCCCCGCAGAAGGAAGUGAUCACAUCGGAUGAGCUCAUGGCCCAUCUUGGAAACUGCCUCCUGUCCAUCAAGCCCCAAGAGAAGUCAGAGGGACUUCAGCUUAAUUUUCAGCAGAAUGUGGACGAUGCAAUGACGGUGCUGCCUAAACUGGCCACAGGUCUGGAUGUUAAUGUGCGGUUCACAGGCGUCUCCGAUUUUGAGUAUACACCCGAGUGCAGUGUCUUUGACCUCCUAGGCAUACCUCUGUACCACGGCUGGCUUGUCGAUCCUCAGAGUCCUGAGGCUGUGCGUGCAGUUGGGAAGCUGAGUUACAACCAGCUGGUGGAGAAGAUCAUCACCUGCAAACACUCCAGUGACACCAACCUCGUGACAGAAGGCCUGAUUGCGGAGCAGUUCCUGGAGACCACGGCGGCCCAGCUGACCUACCACGGGCUGUGCGAGCUGACCGCAGCUGCUAAGGAGGGAGAACUUAGCGUCUUUUUCCGAAACAACCACUUUAGCACCAUGACUAAACACAAGAGUCACUUGUACCUGCUGGUCACUGACCAGGGCUUUCUACAGGAGGAGCAAGUCGUAUGGGAGAGCCUGCACAAUGUAGAUGGAGACAGCUGCUUCUGUGACUCCGACUUCCACCUGAGUCAUUCCCUGGGCAAGGGGCCUGGAGCAGAAGGUGGGAGUGGCUCCCCAGAAAAGCAGCUGCAGGUAGACCAGGACUACCUGAUUGCUCUGUCCCUGCAGCAGCAGCAGCAGCCACAAGGCGCACUGGGACUGACUGACUUGGAGCUGGCCCAGCAGCUUCAGCAGGAGGAGUAUCAGCAGCAGCAGGCAGCCCAGCCAGUGUGGACGCGGACGCGGGCCCUGUCACUGCAGGGGAGAGGAGCCACAUCUGGACGCCCAGCUGGGGAGCGUCGGCAGAGGCCGAAGCACGAGCCAGACUGCAUUCUGCUUUAGGUCUGCCCCUUCUUCCAGAGGCUAUGGCUAGUUGGCUUGUUCCCCCGCCUCUACCCUUGAGAUGUGCAGGAUAACUUAUUUAUGGACUGUUGGGGAUCAGAGCAGGCGACAAAGGCGAAGGUCAGACUUGGUAAUGUCCCUGACCUCAUGUGCUGCGGCCUUCUCUGAAUCCCACCUAGGGCUACACUGGGACUGAUGGGAUUCUGGUUCUCAAUGCCCGGUCCCUGAAUAGUCACACAUACAUACAGACUGAGGCUCUGGGGAGGUCUCUAUUUGGAAUGCAUCUCUCCUGCGUCCCAUCCCUGCUGCCUGGAUGCUCCUGGCCACCCAGCCAGGCCUGUCUCCAGUUGUUUCAAGACUUAAUUUGGGUUUCUAUCUCUGUUAUUUGUAAUGCCUUCCUGGGGAUUGGAAAUAAAAUUUCUGGCCAGGUGCAGUGGCUCAUGCCUGUAAUCCCAGCACUUUUGGAGGUCAAGGUGGGCGGAUCACCUGAGGUCAGGAGUUAGAGGGCAGCCUGCCCAACAUGGCGAAACCCCAUUUCUACUAAAACUACAAAAAAUUAUUUGGGCGUGGUGGCAGGCACCUGUAAUCCCAGCUAUUUGGGAGGCUGAAACAGAAGACUCACUUGAAUCCUAACGGCAGAGGUUGCAGUGAGCCAAGAUUGCACCACUACACUCCAGCCUGGGCAACAAGAGUGAAACUCCGUCU